UUAAGCUGACGCUCAAGUAUCUGGUUGUUAAUAAAGGGAUCUAGAUGUGUAGAGACAGGCCUCGGCCAUAGCAGUGCGCGUAGAAGACGCGUUGUUUAGGGAUAUGGAAUCGUAGAAAACAUAAAGGUUAAUUCUAGCGAAUGAGAAAGGUCGCAAACAGAGAGAGCAAAUGUGGGCAAGGUUCGCCUUGUCCACAAAAGCAGUCACUUUUGUUAACACUCCCCCUUUUAAAAAAAAGUUUUUCACAGAUGGGAAGAACUUCUGUAAUCCUGAAUCAACUCCUUUGCAUUCUCAAGAUGACCUUCCGGUUCCCACGUCGACUGAGAGAUAGGGUAGCCGACCCACUUAACCAGGUACUGGAGUUUGCCCUUGCUCUUGCGGUGUUUGAGAAUGGAUUCGACUUCCCAUUCGCCUUCAUAAGUCUGACCAGAAUCAUCCUCAAUAGGGAGAGGGAACAAUUCAGGCGGUGUUGCAUCCGGGAACUGAGAAGUAUCGCGGACAACGACGGCUUUCAGCAAGGAGACGUGGAAAACGGGGUGGACCUUGCUGUCAGGGUGCAGCGCCAGGCGAUAAUUCAAGGCGCUGGGUCUAUCAGCGAUCUUGAAAGGACCAAGAUACUUCGAGCGGAGCUUCUUGCCUUUGGUAUGGAGCUUGGUCCCAGGUGAGUCAAGGCUGGUGGCGAUAUUGGUUGCGUCCAAGUACACAAGGUCGCCGAUCUUGAAAGUGACAUGACGAUGCGACUUGUCAUAUUGACCCGCCAUAAUUUUCUGUGCUUCACGUAG